AUGUUGAGAAGACCAGAAACUUGGGUUCUUUUGCUAACACUGGUGAGUUUAGCUUCUGCCUCUGCCAACUUCGAGACUCGACCUCUCAGUUCUGAUCUCCAAUUCAUCCCAAAGAGCCUUAAUGAAUUUCGUCAACAAGAUAACUUAUAUAGUCCUCCAAGGGUCCACAUGGAAAUUGAUGCAGAAUCGUCAAAAACUGCACAAUACCUUGAUGUAUUUAAGGCAACCUCCAAGACUCUCUCUGACCUGCUUCUUACCAAGCCUCUAUCUGAGAAGAUCAUGCUUGGAGAGAAUGAUCAAUGCAGCGAAGUUUCAUUGAGCCAAGCAAUUAAAAUUGAAGGAAUCGCAGCGGAUUUGGUCUUAUUCGUAAUCCCUCAUAAAGAAAAGAUGCACGCACAAAUAUGCGGGGGAAGCGGCCAAAUGAUCGAAUCAGUUGCUUUGUACAUCAAUAUCGAAAAAUUAAACGAAUUUGACAAGGCUAACCAAGUAAAGGUCUUGUGCAAAACAGUUAUAAGGGCAAUUUAUGAAAAAGGAUCAAUUGAAAGAAAGCAGAUGAUGAAGGAUAUUGAUGAUUAUCAAGUAGAACUCGGAGCAAACUGCCCUGCAAACUGCAGUAGCUGCUCUGAUCCAAACUCUUGUGAUACAUGCAGCUCUGGGUAUUGGCUUGCUGGAGAUUCUUGUUUGCCUUGUGCAUCUCCUUGUCAAGCUUGCUAUGGAUCAGCUAUCUCUUGUACUUCGUGUUUGCCUGGGUAUUACUUAUUUGGAAGUGAUAACUCUUGUGAGCCUUGUGAAGAGCCAUGCGCUACUUGUGCUAUUUCAGCUUACUAUUGCACUGGAUGUGACACUGGCUAUUUCUUAGAUGAUAAUGACUGCUCUGCAUGCAGUCCUCAAUGCUAUGCCUGCUCUGGAUCUGCAACUACAUGCACUGGCUGCCCAAGUGGGCAAUUUUUGAACGGAAACUCUUGCCAAAACUGUAUUUCUCCUUGUGCUACAUGCUCAUCAUCAACAUUUUGCUUAUCAUGUGAUAGCUCUGCUCUUGUUUUGAACAAUGGAGUAUGCAGCUGCAUAGAUCCAAAUGCAGAAUUGAACCCAUCCGCAGACCAAUGCCAAUGCAAGUCAGGAUACAUUGAAGUCAACGGCGUGUGCACUAUUUGUUUCUCUCCUUGCGCUACUUGCACCAAUACAGGCGCAUGCACAAGCUGUUUAUCAGGCUACUACUUGAGUGGAGCCAGUUGCCUUGCCUGCUCAGCCCAAUGCACGACUUGUGUAACUUCUGCUAAUACUUGCACGAGCUGCCCUUCAGGGUAUUACCUUAACGGAAGCACUUGCUCUCAGUGUUCUUCAGGAUGUGCUGAAUGCACCAGCGCUACUUCUUGCCAAACUUGCUAUGACCCAGCAGACACUUAUAACACUGGUUCAGGUACCUGCAAAUGCUCAGAUCCAAACUCGUCUCUUGACGCAUCAAACACUUGUGAAUGCAACCCAGGAUACAUUGGCACUCCAGGAAACUGCAUUGCAAACUGCACUCCUCAAUGCGCUACCUGCUCUGGCUUCUAUAAUUGCUUAACUUGCAAUGACCCUUCACAUACCCAUCUUUUCAAUGGAGCUUGCACAUGCGUUGACCAAAACUCCUCUUUCAAUAACUCAACAUUACUCUGUCAAUGCAAUCAAGGCUAUUUUGGACAGCCUAACUCUUGUCAAGCCUGCAGCAAUGGGUGUUUAACUUGCACUUCAACAUCUAGCUGUUCAGCUUGCAUCCAAGGAAUGUCAUUAGUCAAUGGUGCAUGUGUAUGUCCUGCAAACUCAAAUUGGUCAAGCUCCAGCAACUCAUGUGUCUGCAACGCAGGAUUUUACUUGGAUAACUUUACAGGCCAAUGCUACCAGUGUGGAGGAAACUGCCAAACUUGUUCGAGCCAGUCUGUAUGCACUUCCUGCAUUGACUCAGUUCAUGCCCAGCCUCCAGCUUGUGACUGCCCUUCUACAUCGAUAAAUACCAACGGAGUUUGUACUUGUGCAAGCGGAACUGUGUUUAACAACAACAUUUGCUGUCCUUCUGAUUGCAAUACCUGUGAUCAAUCAGGAAACUGCACAGCAUGCAACAACCCAACUAUGACAAUUGUGAACAACGUCUGCUUAUGUUCAGCUCAUUCUUCUUUAGUCAACAAUUUAUGCGUUUGUGAUACAGGAUAUUUCAUGGACACUAACAAUGUCUGCCAACCUUGCCCGUCCGGAUGUGCUACCUGCAGUAGUGAUGGAGUCUGCUUAUCCUGCACAGACCCUCAUAUGGUCUUAAGCUAUCCAACUUGUGUUUGUCCAGCUUAUUCAUACAUGUCAGGAAAAUCUUGUGCAUGUUUUGAUGGCUUCUAUUUCUCAACCCCAACACAUUGCGCUUUGUGUGUCGAGCCAUGCGCUACUUGUUCUGACCAAUAUACCUGCACUUCUUGCCAAGACCCUGCUCAUAUGAAAUUAGUUGAUGGUGGAUGUGAAUGUAUUGCGGAUGAUGCAACUUUCGACCAAGGAGCUUGCAUCUGCAAUAAGGGAUAUUACUAUGAUGGACAUAACGAAUGCAAAUCCUGCUCAGCUUUGCUGAAUGUUCCUACUCUUUUGGAGUGUGUGAGAGAAAAGAGCUGCUUGUGCGCCUCAAAGGAUUCGUUUUAUGACGAAGUAACAGGAACUUGCCAAUGCAAUUCAGGAUUUUAUCCAAGCAGCCAAAGUGAGUGCUCGGCUUGUAGUAUCAGCUGUUUGGAGUGCUCAGAUGCAAAUACCUGUACAGCAUGCGCUGAAGGGAUGCUAUUAGAAGAUGGAGCUUGCAAGACUGAGGAAGAUGAUAUGAGGGAUUAA